ACACUGUUACUGGGUGCCAUCACUCUUCAAUUCCGGUUGCUGAGCCUUUUCACCCCCUUGCUCUGUCUUCAAAUGGAAAUGAUUUCUAUUGGCCCAAGGUGUCCAUGUAAAUAGGUGUAAAUGAAACCAGAUUAUGCCUUUCUCUCAGCCCCCUCCUCCCAAGGCGAUUGUCAUGUGAUAGCAAAGAAGUGGCACAUUAAUGAAGCGCCUCUACAGGGGUCUUUUCUGCUCAUGUCACCACAUAAAACUAUCAGAUGGUUAGAGGAAGGACAUGGAGGUAGCUACUUAGCUCAUCUUAUCAAGAAAGGGAGAAGAGAUCUGCUCUAUUCAGCCGGUUUGUGGGAAAAAGAAGCUUACUGCCGCUUGCUUAAGUAAAGAUCACAGCUCAUCUACGAAAAGCAGACUGUUUUCUUAGGACGACUUACAAGACCCACAACCUCCAAACUCCGGACUUCCUACCUUGUAAACAGUGAACAGUUUACUUCAAUUGCGAACUUUAAACAACUUCGAAGCUGGGACAGACGUUACCGUGACUCUCUCGAGAACGAUAAACAAGACCUAUGUAUCAACAGAUUUUCUGUUCGCCCACGUUCAGGUAUUGAGCAAACAACUAUUCAGUACAAAUGAAGUUUUGAUGUAUUUAUUUUAAUGAGAUUUCGCGAGAAGAACGGCGAGAAGCUUUCAUUUUUAGACCUGUCAAGGAUUAGCGCUGAUUAGACGUCUUUCGCAGAGUCUGAAGAAGUACAUACGAAGAUGCCUCGACCAGGGAGAAACACGUACAGUGACCAGAAACCUCCGUAUUCCUACAUUUCACUGACUGCCAUGGCUAUCCAGAGCUCGCCGGAGAAAAUGCUGCCUCUCAGCGAGAUAUACAAGUUCAUAAUGGACAGAUUUCCUUAUUACAGAGAAAACACCCAAAGAUGGCAGAACUCUUUGCGGCACAACUUAUCGUUUAACGACUGCUUCAUUAAAAUCCCACGGCGACCGGAUCAGCCGGGUAAGGGAAGUUUUUGGGCACUUCACCCCAGCUGUGGUGACAUGUUCGAGAACGGAAGCUUCCUGAGACGCCGCAAACGCUUCAAGGUGAUGAUGACAUCAGACCAUUUGGCACCAAGCAAGCCCUCUGAUGCUGCCCAUUACCUCCAACAACAGGCCAAACUCAGACUGAGUGCUUUGGCAGCCACGGGCACACACCUACCCCAGAUGUCCACCUACAAUUUAGGAGUGUCACAGCCAUCUACUUUCAAGCACCCUUUUGCCAUUGAGAACAUCAUUGCCAGAGAAUACAAGAUGCCCGGAGGACUCGCCUUUUCCACCAUGCAGUCCAUGUCUGCUGGCUACCCUCUGCACAACCAAUUGACCACAGUUGGCACUGCCUGGCCCCAUAUGUAUAGCACCAGCGUGAUAGACACGGCAGCCCCCAUUUCGAUGGCCAGCAGUGAUUACAGUGCCUACGGCGUGCCUAUCAAGCCUCUUUGCCAUGGAGGACAGACUUUACCAGCUAUCCCGGUGCCAAUAAAGCCAACCCCGGCCUCCGUGCCAGGUCUAUCGGCGUUGCCUGCGCCCAUUCCGGCUAUCCUGUCGAACUCUCCGCCGUCGCUUAGUCCAACUUCUCCUCAAACAGCUACGAACCAAAGCAGUCCUGCCACCCCGAGUGAGACUCUGACAAACCCCUCUUCGACCCUGCAGUCUGUGGCAGUGCACUGACAAGAACGGUUUUCCGGGGCUUGACACUGCAGGUUUUUAUCAAUUCCAAAGUUUUAUUUUAUUUUUCCAUCCAUGAAAACGAAACACCUUCUUAGAGGCAUUAAGGCAAGAAAUGUGCUGUUUGCAUUAAUGUUUAUUUUGAAGCUUGGCUGGGAGUUUCACCACUCUGUUUACAGGAGUUUACGUACAUAGUUACGGUACGUGGUUUUUGGAAGCACAAAGAAUCAAUAGCGUUUACUAUUUGCCAUCUGAAAUGAUAAUUGUCUAGUGGCUUUGAAGAUGGGAUACCAUAAUUGUGGUUACUAUAAUUAUGUAUGUGGGAGCAAAGGCAAUAUAAUUGUUUCAAUUGUCGUCGAAAGCGUUUUUAAAUACAAAACUCAAUCUGAAUUGCUAAUCAUCCCAAACUUCCGAGAGAAUGUAUUUCCGUUCGUCAUUAUUGUCGAGUAUCGCUUUAGAUUAAUAAUGAAACUAUGGAUGAUCUUUGUUUAUUCAUUAAGUUAACGACCCACAGACGUAUUCCCUUGUUGUUUAGAGUUGACACUACAGUGGGUGACAGCAGAGUAAUUUAAAUAAAAAAAUAAGAAAGGCUACUUUUGUACAUUAAAUGUUAAAGACAAGACACAUUUCAUUCAGCAUUCGUCCUGGUGGCUCAUAAUUGUUAAAUAAACAUUUUUGCAAACUCGGUUUUCUUUGCAAGGUUUAUACAUUAACACUUAAAGGUCUAAGAGUGCUUGUUGCUUUUGGUAUACCAAAUACCUAGUUAUUAGAUUAAUAGUCAUAAAUUAUGAAAACAUGAACAAUCACAGUAUAGCAUUUCCUUAAGUAUUCAGACUUGAAACGUAAUGAUAUAUGAAGACGUAAACGGUGCUCAGUGCAUUGGAAAUAAAGGUGUAAAUUAUUGCAAAUAAUUGAUAUUAAAAUGUGUAAAAUGCACUUUUUUAGUUAAAUGUUUUAGAGUUUCUGUAGUUUACAGAAAAAUGUUGUUCUGUGAACCAUUAAGUUAAAAGCUGUGGUGACCAUAUGUAAUAAAUCAUGUACAUUUUUACCUUUUCUGUACAGAUAAAGCAUGCUAUUUCCAAA